GGGGGUUCCGGGGGAGGGACAGUCGCUGUGGGCUGCCAGCAGUGGGGGGCAUUCCCUGGAGCCCAGUUGUUAGAGACACGGUAAUCCACCUAGGCUACUUAGAUGGCCUAGAGAGCUUGACGUGGCAUUUACUAUUUUUUUAAAGGCAGGGUGGGAUUUGAACCAGUGGCUUACUUCGCGUUCUGUGGGGAUUUAAUGGGCAUUGAGCCCAGAGAUUUGUCCGCGUUCGCCAACAGAAACCAUUUAAGGCCCUGUUAAUGGCACUUUGGAAGCGAUGUGGCUUAAAGGAGACCUGAGCAAUUGGCUCGACAGGUGGAAGAGGGCUCCGGAAUAGGAGGCCGAGCUCCAGCUGACUUGAAUCUCUCUGCCAGCGAAAACAGCUUUGGACUUUUCUCCGCCUUAGUUUCCUGGAUCAUCCACUGGGGCGGUUGGAGAGCUUGAGAACCAGUCCCUCCUAUGCGUAUACAGCCAAGGCAAAGGACAGGGCUAGAGUGUCAGUCAGCCACCAGACGGGAGAUGUUGUGAUCCCAGCUAACAGGUAUCCUCUGCUGGUUGAAAUGUCUAUGAUUUUAUCUGCAUCAGUCAUUCGUGUCAGAGAUGGGCUGCCACUUUCUGCUUCUACUGACUAUGAACAAGGCACAGGCGUGCAGGAGUGCAGGAAGUAUUUUAAAAUGCUCUCGAAGAAACUUGCUCAGCUUCCUGAUAGAUGUACACUGAAAACUGGACAUUAUAACAUUAAUUUUAUUAGUUCUCUGGGAGUGAGCUACAUGAUGUUGUGCACUGAAAAUUACCCGAAUGUUCUGGCCUUCUCUUUCCUGGAUGAGCUUCAGAAGGAGUUCAUUACUACUUAUAACAUGAUGAAGACAAAUACUGCUGUCAGACCAUACUGUUUCAUUGAAUUUGAUAACUUCAUUCAGAGGACCAAGCAGCGAUAUAAUAAUCCCAGGUCUCUUUCAACAAAGAUAAAUCUGUCUGACAUGCAGAUGGAAAUCAAGCUGAGGCCCCCUUAUCAAAUUUCCAUGUGUGAACUGGGGUCGGCCAAUGGAGUCACAUCUGCAUUUUCUGUUGACUAUAAAGGUGCUGGUAAGAUUUCUUCUGCUCACCAGCGACUGGAACCAGCGACUCUGUCAGGGAUUGUGGCAUUUAUCCUCAGUCUUUUAUGUGGAGCUCUGAAUUUAAUUCGAGGUUUUCAUGCCAUAGAAAGUCUUUUGCAGAGUGAUGGUGAAGAUUUUAAUUACGUUGUUGCAUUUUUCCUUGGAACAGCAGCCUGCCUUUACCAGUGUUAUUUACUUGUCUACUACACCGGCUGGCGGAAUGUCAAAUCUUUUUUGACUUUUGGUUUAAUCUGUCUGUGCAACAUGUAUCUCUAUGAACUGCGCAACCUGUGGCAGCUUUUCUUUCAUGUGACUGUGGGGGCGUUCGUUACACUGCAGAUCUGGCUAAGGCAAGCCCAGGGCAAGGCUCCUGAUUAUGAUGUCUGACACUAUCCUUCAGACAUGUUGCCCUGGCUUCUGGGGAAAAAGGAAGAGGGAGCCUAUCUUAACUGCCACUGUGAUGAAGAAACUGUUCACCACAUUCAAGAAGCUCUGCUUUCUUUCUGUCCAACUAUCCUGUUUGUUUUAAGUCAGCAUGGCAUGCCUGGGAGCAUGCGGUACCUGCUAGGCCGACUCCUCACGUUAGCCGUGAGAUUAUUAUUCAGAGGAGGAGGAGACUGCUCUCCACACGGCCACGGCAGCGGACGAACAGUCAGAAGCCAUUGGAAGAAUUGGCCAGCGGUCCUGAAUCCUUCUGAAGAGUUCAAUCAAAAACUGUGUGUGGUCCGUGCUCUGAGGACCAAGCGGGGACUCUACAGCCUGGGUUCGCCUUUGUGAGGCCUAAGUAGAGCCUAAAUAAAAAGAUGCCGUGGAGUUUCUGUUUCAGACGACUUGCUAAAUAUCAGAUUACAUGCACAUUUUUGGUACCAAGAGUUUAUGAAGUCCAGGAUGGUGUGGAAUUGGUUCUUUUUCCUUUUAUAUUUUUGCUUGAAUCUUAUCUGGAAAUCACUUGAUAUAGGAGAAGGCUUUUUUGAGCUUAUCUCUAGAACAUCACAAGUAUUGAAAACACAGUAACAUAUGUUUCCUUUCUAGACCAUGUUUGUAGUUUCUUUUGAAAUUACUUUUUAAACAUGUGAUUUGUUAGAUUAUAUAGCCAUUGUUCCCCAAACUUCAGUCACUUGAGUAUUACAUACACUGUUAUUUCUUAGUAUUUAUCUUUUUAAAUCUUCAAAUAGUUUAAAAAACAAACUAAUCUCUACUCCGAGAGGAAAACCAGCAUCUAUUUACCAGGAAUAACUACAAAAUAAAAGAUGUUAUUAAAUUCUAACUAGAUACUAAUGCCUCCCAAGGCUCUGAAUCCAAGAAGCCUGCUCUUUGUUACGGUGAGAGAGAUGUUACCCAGCACCAAAAUGGGGCGCUUUCUGUGGAAUUAUCAGAAGGAUAAAAUUGUAAAGGGAAAGACAUUUCACUGUGAUUCUGUAUUAUUCUGUGUUGUAUACCACCUUAAAUACUCUUGUGUGCCACCGUGGUGUGGGUCCUGCUCUGUGGAAACACUGAACUGUACUAAGAGAAUCAGAAGGUAACUUCUUCCAGCAAACUCUUACUAUUUUGUGGCUUUGAGGAGUUCAGCUCCUAGUAUCUUAGAGAACUUGUUUGCUUUUUGAUAACAUUAUAAAGGUUGUUUAAGCAGUUAUGAAUUAAUAAUACAGGAAGCACAGUUUGAUUCCAUUAGCAAGAUCUGCAACUCUCCUGGUUUCGGAAGGUACCUUCAUUAAUGAUUUUCUUUUGUUUUUAAAGAAAAGAUUCCAAGGAAAGUAUAUAUAAGGUACUAAAAUUUGAUAUCCAGAAGACAGUGAACCCAUUACAUAUAAUUCAUGUUACUAAGUGUAUUUAUUAAGCAGAAUAAUCCAGAGGGGUAAAGUCAUUGAACCACCAUGUUUGCCUGAACCUGUAUAUGUAGAUAUGUCUGCAAUUGUAAAAUCUUGCUUAACUAGAACCUUUUAGGAGAAUGAGGCAAAAGGAAGACAAUAAGCUUGUAAUAUCAGGGAUUUAAUUAAAACAGGAAAUUCCAUUUUGGUUUUCUGACUCUAACAAAACUGCACAGAAAUUAUGUAUUUUCUGAGAGCUACCCCAAGAUAGACUACAUGAUCCUAAAUCAGCAAAAUAAAGUUGGUUUAUAUUUGGCAUUUUGUACUUACUGAGCCAGGAGAGUGAAGUGGUUCAGUUUAGAAAAUUUUUUCUGAACUAAUGGUUAAAACAAGAAGAGUUCUUGUAAAUAGCCAGUCAACCAACAAGUUGGAGCAUUCUGUGAUUUUGCUAUAUAUUGAUACUUUAUAGCUCUCUUACCAGUUGGUUCAGUUUGGUUCUCCAUAUUACUGAAUUAUUGAAAUAUAGUGGUUGGUGUUUGGAUCAUUCAGCCAGGACACUUUAAAACUCACCAGCUGUCUUUAAUGGCUUAAUUUGUUUUUUUGUUUUUGUUUUGUUUUUUUCACUGCUAUUUUAGAUGAUGGGAUGUUUACAUCUUAAUGUAAAAAAUGAAAAUAGGCAUAAAUAAUGUUUAUGUAUAGAAAUGCUUUCUUUCAUUAUUUGGUGUCUGCAUCGCUGAGUGUUUAUAUGACUUCUCUGCCUCUAACAUGUUGUUGCCUAAGAAACUAUUAAGAAUUUGGAAUGAAAAAUUUUUGCCAUGAGUGUAAAGUUCUGAAGCCUCAUUAGGCUUCUAAUGUGUAUGAUAGUAAUAUCUUCCAUUUAUACUAUACUUUUACUUUUAAGAACAAAUCUGCAUUUACCUAAUUAUAAUGAGUUUUGUAGUGUAGGAGAAUAAGUUGCCUUUUUUUUUUUUAAGAUUUUAUUUAUUUAUUUGACAGACAUAGCGAGAGAGGGAACACAAGCAGGGGGAGUGGGAGAGGGAGAAGCAGGCUUCCUGUGGAGCAGGGAGCGGGAUGCGGGGUUUGAUCCCGGGCCAAAGGCAGACACUUAACGACUGAGCCACCCAAGCACCCCAGUUGCUUUCUUGUCACAUGUUAAUGACUUAUCUAGGGUCACAGAGCUAAGCACAUACAACAUCUUAUCCCUUAGCUUUGGGGCUCUUCCCUACCAGAGUGGGAACUGAUGAAGAUAACUAAGGUUGUACUCAGGGAAUAGGUUUGUUCUUGGUAAAAUCAGGGAAUUGGGGACUUAAUGAGCUCAGGCCUGGUAGUGUCAAACCUAGGUGUCUAUUAAGGUAAUUCAGAAAUACUGCUUUUUUAUUAGGGUGUGCUGUGAAGGCAUAGAUGCUGUCUUUUAUAUCCUAAAAAUAAUUACAAUAUUUGCUUGCUUUUUUGGUCUGUAUUUGAAAUGUAUUUAUACCUGGCCUUUUUCCCAAAAGAACUUGAAGCAUGAUACCAAAAUAAGACCUAUACAGCAAUGGUAAUAAUAUGAACAGAAAGGGAGAAAAACAAGAUCAGUGAAAAUGAAAGGAAAAGGGAACAUGUUGCUGUUACCAAGUGUAAAAUUUGACUCUUGAACUUCCUGCAAGUCACAGCUUAGGAGAAGGGGAACAAGUUUUGCAUCGCACUAGCUUGCUCUGUAAGUCAGAGUACACCACUUCCUCAGUGGGGGGCUUCUUCCUGAGGGAUUCUCAUAAAAAUGUCGGCACUUGGGGCUCCUGUGAAAUGCUAAAAUGAACAGAAUCCUCAACUGUUUUAGACAUUUGCAUAUUGUGAUUGUGCCUUGAAUCCUCAACUUGUACCAGCUUUCAGAGGUACAUUUAAGAAUUUUUGGUGUGGUUUAUAGAGGAUUUUGUUUCCAUUAGGAAAAAUUCUUAUCCUAAGCUAAAAUUAGGUAUGUGUUAAAGCUUGAAAAUCCAUUUGAGACAAAUGCCUGGAGACAUGGAGAACCUUUAGCUAAUUUUGUAAUUCUAUAAUUUAUAUAAAGUGAAUGUGCUAUCCCUGGAUUAGCACAUUUAUUUUGUAUUAAAUGUGGUCUUUUUCAUAGUGGAAUCUAGUCUGGAGAAAUGUCUGGCUCCAUUUCUGUUAGGCCAUGUCUGGAAUCUCAUUAGAUUUGAUUUGUCAAGGCUCCACAGAGCACAUUUGUUUGUAUGAACCUUCACCUCCAUGUCACGGAAGUGCUUCCUGCUGAGAUUAGUAGCAGCCCACCAAAAAGGGAGUUGCUUGGCCUUUAUUCCAAAAGUUUUACUAAGGAAACUGGGGACCUCACUCUGAGCUGUUGGAUUUCCAAGAGAUACAACAGAAUGCACGCACGUGCGUGUGUGUGUGUGUAUGUGAUUUUUAUUUUAAGAAACUUAUUUUAAAAAGUUAGAGCUAUCAUGGAGUAUGUAGUAAAAGAACAAAUAAAUUGCAGUUGACCUCGAACAUCAAGUGCAGGGGUUAGGGGCACCAACCCCUCCUUGUGCAGUCAAAAAUCUAUGUAUAACUAGUUAACUACUAAUAGCCUACAGCUUACU